AUGAGUUCGAACUUGUCCGGUGUGGCCUUCAUCACAGGUGCCGGUGGUUCAAUCGGACGGGCGGUAGCACUGGGAUUUGCUCGACACGGGGUGACAAGGAUUGCUGGGUUGGACGUCAGCAGCAAAGGACUCGAGGAGACUGCUGCUGCUCUCGAGGCGGCCUAUCCUGCUGCCAAAAUCCUUCCCAUCACUGCAGAUUUGACUUCCGAGGAAGCCGUCGCGCAAGCUGUUGCGAAGGUAGUUGCAGAGUACGGUGCGAUUCACUACGCCGCCAACAAUGCUGGUAUCGGUCGACCGUAUGGUGGGACCCACGAGACCGACCUGAAAGACUAUGACCAGGUGAUGGCCGUGAAUGUCAGGGGCGUGUUUCUCUGUGAAAAGUAUGAGCUGGAGCAAAUGCUCAAGCAGGAGCCUCGACCGGUUAACCCGUCUGUGCCUUCUGCGCUGGAGCGUGGGUCGAUCGUCAAUACGGCGUCUACACUGGCUCUAAGAGCGAUGCCAAACUUGAGCGUCUACAAUACCUCCAAGCACGCGGUCAUAGGACUGACACGGACCGAUGCUAUCGACUAUGCACGAAGAGGUGUCCGUGUCAAUGCCGUCUGCCCGGGGUUUGUCGAUACACCCCUGCUGCUGGAAUCGACCAAGAAGGCAUUGGCAGGCACGAUUGAGAGGAUACCUCAAGGGCGACUGGCGGCGCCUGAGGAAAUUGCGGACACAGUCUGCUUUUUAGCAAGCGGUGCAGCAUCACAUAUCAACGGUGUGGCAUUACCAGUCGACGGCGGGUUCACCGCAACUUGA